UUAGGAAAGAACGCCCCGCUUCAGCGUUCUCGCAGUUACUGGCCCAACUCGGCUUCCGUAGCACCCAAAAUGCGGAGCCGGGAAGAAGUAGAUGCCACGCUGCAUGUCGCGAAAGUGAACCCGGCGGAGCUGCUGCCCGUCGUGCAGUCCCUUAGCUUCGGUCCGCAGGUGGGCGCCGGGGAAUGUUGCCUCCUGCAGCUGGAGCCGGAACUGUGCGCUGAGUUGGAGUCCGGCCGAAGCCUGGUGAUCCGUGGAGACAGAGAGGAACACGCUGUGCUCUGCAGUGCAGAUAAGACUUACGACAUGAAAAUCGCAGACACAUCUAAUACCUUGCUUCUCAUUCCUGGCUGUGAAACUGCUGAACAACUUGGUGCAGAUAUACCUCCUGAUAUUGUUCACGUUCAGAUUGCAGGAGUCUCCAAAAAUUUCUGGGAACUAAGAAGAUGUCGACCUAAAUUAAAGAAACUCAAGAAGCUUCUAAUGGAAACCCCUUAUGAAGGACCAGACAGUCAGCAAGAGCAAACCUCAACUAAUUCAAAGUACACAACAGAAGACUUACUGGAUCAGGUCCAAGCAAGUGAAGAGGAGAUAAUGCAACAACUAGAGACUCUAAAAGCAUGCCAAAUUGAAGGAUAUUGGAGGAUCCUAGACUUUGAUUAUGAGAUGAAACUGUUGAAUCAUGUGACUCAGCUGAUAUACUCAGAAUCCUGGCCAUUCAACAAAGUUCCUCUAACUGUCUGCCUUCAAGAGCUUGGACCACUAGAACCAAAGAAUAUGAUAGAACACAUUCUCAUGUGUUAUGGAAGGAAAUACAUCGAUGAAGGUGAGACCUACUUUGAGAUGUAUGAAGAAAAGAUAUGCAAAGCUAUCGCCCAAAUGCUUUUGAAUAAUGCAGUUAAAUUCAGUCUUUCAGAAUUUCAAGAAGUAUGGCAGCAAAGUGUCCCUGAAGGAAUGGUUACUAGAUUGGACCAGUUAAAGGGUUUGGCUCUUGCGGAUCAUUCUUCCAGGCCAGAGACGAUUUGUUUGCUAAACGUUGAAGACUUACCAGAAGAUAACCAAGAAAGAUUUAAUAUUUUGUUCAAAAUCAGAGAGAAAUGGACAGAAGCUGAUAUAGUGCCAUACAUACAGGAUUUGUGUUCGGAGAAGCAAACAACUGGUGUGCUGCUGACAAAAUAUGCUCGUUCUUCAAUGCAGAACGGACUCAAAGUUUACAAUUCCAGAAGGCCCAUUUCAUAAAACACAAUACAAUCUUAGAACUAUAUGGCUUAAAAGAGUCUGCUGUUGGCUUCAGUUUGUGGUGGACCUUUACAAGCAAAUUUUGUGCACAUAACAAUACUACAUGUCAAGUUAUUUAACAUGCAUUUGAACUCUUGAAUAAAAGGUUUGCAAGAUGAAA